AUGAGCCCUGCCGCAAGCGGCGCUGCGGAUCCUCCAGCGGCAGCAUCGUCAUCAUCAUCAGCAGCAGACAAUAGCACAGGGAGGAGGCAGCACCGGGCUCCCUCGCCGGCUACAGCCCAGGACGGGGCCUCAAAACGAGCUGCCAAACUCUCCACCAGGUCCAAAUCACGUCUUUCAGCAGGAGGGAACAGAGGUAAAGGAGUAAAUGGGAGCUUGAGGACCGCUGGCGGAAGGGAGAGGGAGCCCGAGAGUCGCGACGUGGCAGCUGUUCACCCGGAUGGUGCUGAAACUGAUCCCGUCAGACCAAACAGGGCGGAUGCUGUCGGAGAAGAUCAGGGGAGACACCAUCCACCGGCACGUUCACCGCUCCGUCGCUCCGCUUUACGCUUGCCCUGCCUCAAAGGUGGCUCGUCGGAUAGAGCCUCAUCUGUCGCCUCGGUGAAAGAGAAAGCAAAGAAACACGAAGGAGAGGAAGGCAGCCGCAGGCAGAGCAGCAGCGUGUCUGUGGGCUGCGGACCGGGCCUCGGUUUAGGUUUGUGGAGCGGGGGAUGCUUACAGACUGAACUGAUCCACUUUCACCUGCAGAAGAGACUCAAGAGAAGCAGUGCGAAGAUGCAAGCCAAAGCAGCCGGCUCGGACGCAGGAGAGGCUGCUCCGGCAGAGCCAGAGCCGGCCACAGAGGCUACAGAGGCGGGGUCCAUGACACAGCAAGACCAGGCCCUUCACGAUGAGAUGGAGAGGCUGCUGGAGGAAAAUGAAGAUCUCAAGUGUGAGAUUGAAGAGAUGAGGACUGAGAUGGAUGAGAUGCGAGACACAUUCUACGAAGAAGACACAUGCCAGCUGCAGGAAAUGAGGCGUGAGCUAGAGAGAGCCAAUAAGAACUGCCGGAUCCUGCAGUAUCGUCUGCGGAAGGCUGAGAGGAAGAGGCUGCGCUACGCCCAGACGGGAGAGAUCGAUGAAGAGCUACUCAGGAGCCUGGAGCAGGACCUGAAGGUUGCGAAGGAUGUAUCUGUGAGGCUGCACCAUGAGCUGGAGAAUGUGGAGGAGAAACGCACAAAGACAGAGGACGAGAACGAAAAACUGAGACAGAAACUCAUAGAGGUGGAGGUGACAAAACAAGCCCUGCAGAAUGAACUAGACAAAACCAAAGAGUCUCAAAAGAGAAGGGGAAGCAAGGACAUACCGAAGACCGACAAGAAAGCAGCACAGACCCCUACUGAGGAGGAUAAUGAGGACCUUAAGUGCCAGCUCGCCUUCAUCAAAGAGGAAGCGGUCCUUAUGAGGAAGAAGACGGCCAAGAUUGACAAAGAGAAGGACCGCCUUGAGCAAGAGCUGCAGAAGUACCGCUCCUUCUAUGGUGACCUGGACAGCCCCCAUCCUAAAGGUGAGGCUGGGGGGCCACCGACCACCCGCGAGUCAGAGCUGAAGCUACGUCUGCGUCUGGUUGAGGAGGAGGCCAACAUUCUGGGGAGGAAGAUUGUUGAGUUAGAGGUUGAGAACCGCGGCCUGAGAUCUGAACUUGACGACCUCCGUGGAGAAGGAGAGGGAGCAGGCAGCUCCGGUGGGGAGAUGGGUGGGCCGGGCACCGGGCGAGGCCUGGGGGAGGAUCUGACCGAGCUCCGACAGCAGCUGCAGCUGGUGGAGGAUGAGGCAGAGCUUCUGAGGAGGAACCUGGCUGAUGCAGAGGAACACAACAAAAGGGUGACUACUGAGCUGAACAAGCUGCGGUUCAAAGCCGGGACCCAUGAGGGAAGUACCAGGCAUGGAGGAGGGGGAGGAGCCUCAGGUGGUUCAGGGAUUGAUGGAGCAAAGGCAGAAGCCCUGCAGGAGGAGCUGAAGGCAGCAAGGCUACAGAUUAAUGACCUGAGUGGCAAGGUGAUGCAGCUUCAGUAUGAGAACCGCGUGCUGCUCUCCAACAUGCAGCGCUAUGACCUGGCGUCCCACCUCUCCCUGAGGCCGAGCCCGCGGGACAGUGAUGCAGAGAGUGAUGCUGGUGGUGCCACAAGCGGGCGGCGUGAGAGCGAUGAUGACUCCACCUCGUCUCGUCUGCUGCCACCACACCGCAAGCGCGAAGGCCCUGUGGGUGGAGAAAGUGACUCAGACGAGGUCAGAAACAAUAACGGUGGCAGCCGCUGCCUCACACCAACACGAGGUCUGUACACCCCCACUGGGCCCGAGGGCGCCGCCUCCCCUGCCUGCUCGGCCAUGGCCCGCUUUCUGCCCAGUGGUCGAUGCAGCCUGCGCGACAGGCAGCAGAUGAUUGACAUCCGAGUUGAAGCAGAGAGGCUGGUUCGGACCAUCGACCGGCUCAUCGCUGACACGGCUACCAUCAUCUCUGAGGCGCGGGUCUACGUUUCCAACGGCAACCUAAUGUUUGGGCGAGCAGGAGAGGAAGGCGGAGAGGAAGAGGGGGGCAGGAUCAGGGAACACGAGCUGUUAUAUCGCAUUAACACCCAGAUGAAGGCCUUCCGAAAAGAACUGCAGGCCUUCAUAGAUCGACUAGAGGUGCCCAAGCUUGAGGACAGAGAGGCAGACGAGCCGCUGUCGAUGUUCCAGCCUAUCAUUUUGCUCAUCCUCAUACUCGUGUUAUUCUCAUCCCUUUCCUACGCCACCAUAUUUAAACUCGUCUUUCUUUUUACUCUUUUCUUUGUUCUGUGAUGUACAUCUCCCUUAAUUAGCAUCAUCCCUUGUUUGUUUUGUUCUUUUGAUUUUUUUUCUUUCCCACAUCAUUUGUUGCCAAGGUUACCAAAAGCACAGGAAAAGCCCCACACUUGCCAAGACCACAGUCAUUCAAGAAAGUAUGGCUAAGUUCAACACCGAAGUCCACAUUACCCAUAACACAUUGCUGUU